AUGGUGAGUUGUACCAUUCCAACUCAAAUUGGAGCUCUUCAUUAUCUUACCAAUUUGGACUUGUCUACCAACAAUCUUGUUGGUACCAUUCCAACUCAAAUUGGAGCUCUUCAUAAUCUUACCCAUUUGGACUUCUCUAACAACAAUCUUGAUGGCACCAUUCCAACUCAAAUUGGAGCUCUUCAUAAUCUUAUCCUUUUGCACUUGUCUAACAAUAAUCUUCUUGGUGCCAUUCCAACUCAAAUUGGAGCUUUUCAUAAUCUUGCCUAUUUAUACUUGUCUAGCAACAAUCUUUUUGGUACCAUUCCAACUCAAAUUGGAGCUCUUCAUAAUCUUACCCAUUUGGACUUGUUUAACAACAAUCUUAAUGGUACCAUUCCAACUCAAAUUGGAGCUCUUCAUAAUCUUACCCAUUUGGACUUGUCUAACAACAAUCUUGUUGGCACCAUUCCAACUCAAAUUGGAGCUCUUUAUAAUCUUGUCCUUUUGGACUUGUCUAACAAUAAUCUUAUUGGUACCAUUCCAACUCAAAUUGGAGCUCUUCAUAUUCUUGUCUAUUUGGGCUUGUCUAACAAUAAUCUUACUGGUACCAUUCCUACUCAAAUUGGAGCUCUUCAUAAUCUUAACAAUUUGGACUUGUCUAACAACAAUCUUGUUGGUAUCAUUCCAACUCAAAUUGGAGCUCUUCUUACUCUUACCCAUUUGAACUUGUCUAACAACAGUCUUUUUGGUUAG